UUCUCCUGCCGUCUCUGGGCCUGGCAGAUUUGCUUUCCUUUGGCAAAAGAGGAGAGAAUCAGCAAGCUACCUAGCAGCAAAGAAGCCGCAGCAAGACGCCCUGCCUGCUUGCUUGUCUCCGCGCUCGCUCUUUCUCUCGCACACACACACAGCUCGCUUGCCUUGGGAGUCCAGUGUUGUUUUGAAGGGAGCUAACAUGGCGACGGUGCCCGUCUAUUGCAUCUGUAGGCUGCCCUACGACGUAACCCGCUUCAUGAUCGAGUGCGACGCCUGCAAGGACUGGUUUCACGGCAGUUGUGUCGGUGUAGAAGAAGAUGAGGCACCAGAUAUUGAUAUCUACCACUGCCCAAAUUGUGAGAAAACCCAUGGAAAAUCUACUUUAAAAAAGAAAAGAAAUUGGCAUAAGCAAGAUACUGGUCAAACAACAGAAGUCAAACCUGUACAGAAUGGUAGUCAGGUCUUCAUUAAGGAGCUUCGAAGUCGAACAUUCCCCAGUGCUGAAGACGUGGUAAUAAAAGUGACCGGAAGCCAACUAACAGUUGAGUACUUAGAAGAAAAUGGAUUCACAGAGCCUAUUCUCAUUCCGAAGAAGGAUGGCCUGGGCUUAUCUGUACCUGCACCAACGUUUUAUGUUAGUGAUGUUGAAAACUAUGUUGGACCAGAAAGGAGUGUUGAUGUCACUGAUGUCACCAAGCAGAAGGACUGCAAGAUGAAGUUAAAGGAAUUUGUUGAUUACUAUUACAGCACUAACAGAAAAAGAGUCCUCAAUGUAAUUAACUUGGAAUUUUCAGAUACAAGAAUGUCCAGUUUUGUAGAGUCUCCGGAUAUAGUAAAAAAACUCUCUUGGGUGGAAAAUCAUUGGCCUGAUGAUGCUUUGCUGGGAAAACCAAAAGUGACCAAAUACUGUCUGAUCUGUGUGAAGGACAGCUACACCGAUUUCCACAUAGACUCUGGUGGAGCCUCUGCUUGGUACCAUGUCCUGAAAGGAGAAAAAAUAUUUUAUCUCAUCAAGCCAACCUCAGCAAACAUUUCCCUCUAUGAGCGUUGGCAAUCAGCGGCAAAUCAUAGUGAGAUGUUUUUUGCUGAUCAAGUGGAUAAGUGUUACAAAUGCACAGUUAAACAAGGACAAACACUUUUUAUCCCGUCAGGAUGGAUUUAUGCAACCUUAACUCCAGUUGACUGCUUAGCCUUUGCAGGACAUUUCCUACAUAGCCUAAGUGUUGAAAUGCAGAUGAGAGCAUAUGAAGUUGAAAGACGAUUAAAAAUUGUCAGCUUAACCCAGUUUCCCAACUAUGAAACGGCAUGUUGGUACACAGGAAAACACCUGCUAGAGUCAUUUAAAGGAUUGCACAAAGCGGGAAAGCAGCCUCCUUCUCAUUUAGUCCAGGGAGCAAAAAUUCUCAAUGGUGCUUUCAGGUCUUGGACUAAAAAGCAGGCUUUAGUGGACCAUGAAGAUGAACUCCCAGAACAUUUUAAACCAGCACAACUCAUUAAGGACCUUGCCAAAGAAAUACGAUUAAGUGAGAAUGCUUUGAAAGUCAACAAACCUGAAGUGGGUGCCAGUGUGAAUGUUGAGGAGAUCAGCCCUGUGGAAAAAGAGGAAAUCCCAUCGCCUGCACCACGGACGCCUCCGCCCCCUCCGCCACCGCCAUCGCCACCUCCACCGCUGCCACCAGUCGAAAAAGCCCCUAAGAAAAAGACUCCCAAAGCAAUGAAAACGCCCAAACCCUCCAAGCUUGCCAAACCUCCCAAGCCGCCAAAACCACCCAAGCCACCAAAACCUCCCAAACCUCCCAAGACACCCAAAGUAAAGGGGGAAGGGAAGAAAAAGGGCAAGAAAGCAAAAGAAGCUCCUCCGCCUGCCAUUCCUAACUUAGACCUUCUUGAGGCUCACACAAAGGAGGCCCUAACAAAGAUUGAAACACCAAAGAAGGGAAAGGCUGCCAAGAAUGCUUUGAGUACCCCUAAUAAAGAACCUGUUGAUAAGCAAAAUGAGGUGGAAAAGUUUGAGAUCCGGGAGCAGAAUAAGACCAAAACAGAAGCAAAAUGGAAAUAUAAGAACAGUAAGCCUGAUUCAUUACUGAAAAUGGAAGAAGAACACAAAUUGGAGAAGACACCAUUAUCAGGAAACAAGGACAAUAAAUUUAUGUUUUCCUUCUCCAACAAGAAACUAUUGGGUUCAAAGGGAGUAAAAACUCAGCUGAAUCCUGGCAUAUUUGGAUCCCUUCAAAAUUUUAAAGAAGAUAAAACAAAACCUGUGAAAGAUGAAUAUGAGUAUGUCUCGGAUGAUGGAGAACUGAAAAUAGAUGAAUUUCCAAUUAGAAGAAAGAAAAACACCACAAAACGAGAUUUGCCCUUUUUAUCAGAUAAGAAAGAAACCACACAGCAUACACCAGUUAAGAAGCCAAAGGUGGAAUCAGUAUUGUACAAGAGUGAUGACUCCUCAGAUGAAGAUUCUCUCCACAUUGACACAGAGGCCAAGCCCGGGCGCAAUUCUAAAGUGAAGAAAGAGACUGGAAGUUCAGCAGGCAUUCUGGAUCUUUUGCAGGCGAGCAAAGAAGUUGGGGGUUUAGAGUAUAAUACCAACAGUCAGCCACCUGCAUCUCCCAGCACCCAGGAAGCGAUCCAAGGGAUGUUGUCGAUGGCAAACCUCCAGUCUUCUGAUCCCUGCCUACAGCCUUCGUGGGGCACCAACCAAGCUAAGAAUAAUUCUAUCUCAGCCCCAAACUCCAAAAAAACUGGAAGCAGCAACAACAAAAAUGCAGGCAAGAGGUUACUGAAGAAAAGCGCAAAAAACAGCAUCGAUGUUGAAGAUUAUGACGAGGACCAGGAUCACUUAGAUGCCUGUUUUAAAGAUUCAGAUUAUGUUUAUCCCUCCCUUGAAUCAGAUGAAGAUAAUCCGGUAUUCAAGUCCCGAUCAAAGAAAAGGAAAAGUUCUGACGAUGCACCAUAUAGCCCAACAGCAAGAGUUGGCCCAUCAGUACCUCGACAAGACAGACCGGUCCGAGAAGGUACAAGAGUUGCCUCCAUCGAAACUGGACUGGCGGCAGCGGCUGCGAAAUUAUCCCAGCAGGAGGAGCAAAAGGGCAAGAAGAAAAAGAACGCCAAAAAGAAAUUAUCACCCAACAAUGCAAAUAAACUCCCUCAGGAAGGCAGCUCUCCUGAACCCAAGCUGGAGUCCCAUAGCAGUAGUUUAGCAGACCAUGAGUAUACAGCUGGUGCAAGCACAUUUGGGGUCGCCCAAGUAAACAGAGGCUCUCAACCUAUGGCUCCAGGAGUUUUCCUCACACAGCGGAGGCCCUCGUCAUCAUCACAGAAUAAUGCAGCUGCCAAAGGGAAACGUACAAAAAAAGGCAUGGCCACAGCUAAGCAAAGGCUUGGGAAGAUUUUGAAAAUUCAUCGGAACGGGAAACUUCUCCUCUAAAACCCGGCCACAUUUGGGACUGUAUCAAAAGUUCAGAAUGUCCUGAGCUGACACUAACUCUUCAACUCUUGAAGGACUUCUUCAGUAGUAUUGUGCAACAUCUUAGGGACAAUACCAGUUAACUUUUUGCCACCACUUUAAUAAAUUGUUUUUAACUUUCAGCAGUUAAACAUGUACAGAAUACUGCUAUAAAUAUUUUUUAAUAUAGAUGUCCUUUCUCAAAUUGCUGAGAGUGACUAGUUCGCAAAAAGUUAAUACUCCAAGACACUGAGGAUCAUUCCAGUUUUAGGAAAGUAUCCCUUUAACUUGUUUUUAAGUGAAGAAAAAGCAGUUGUUUUUAACAGUAUGCACAUUAAUUUCAGUUGCGCUUCAUUUAUCAAAACUGUGCCCAUUUUGAAGAGGUAUCUGGUUAAGCAGCAGGAGGUCAGAUUUUUUUAAAAAAAAAAUGUGCUCAAAUUGACUUGUAGAGAGGGGGAAGAGAUUUCUGCCAUUAUUAUAUGUAAUAUAAUACAUGCAAGAAAUAAUAUGCAUAAUGAAAUAUUUAGUUUUCUUUACCUGGAUCAUGCUAAAUAUGUUUCGUUUAAUAGAAGAGUUGAAAUUGCACUUCAGCACUACUAAAAACUUUCCCUAUAACCAGACAUUGGAUAACCAUUAUUAGGUGAAUUAAUUUAUUUUAUGUGCAAUGCAAGGCGACUUCCAGAACGUUAUGGAUCACAGAUAUGAUCCAAUUGGGUUCUUGAUUUGGGUGUGAACACAUAACGGGCUGAUGCAGUUCCUUGAAAGUCAAUGGGAGGUUCCCCCCCCCUUAACUUCAAUUGGUGCUGGAUUGACAGCCCUUUUUCGUUGAUAGUUUUCCAACCUUCCCAUCAUUUUCUAUUUGCAAGGUUUAUUUUAUUUUUAGCACCUGUUUGCAUGCUGUCCAUGCUCAUUGUCUCUGCUUUCAUCACUGCAAACCAGUGUGUGACAGCCUUGUCUGACCUAAAACACACACGCACACAUACACCCUCUCUAUAAAAUCUCAGAAAUAGAUGCAUACCCUUGAGAGAAUGUUGCAAAACUAAUUGGCACCUCAGAAAUAAGGUCUGAAAGCAACAGCUGUGUUCAGGUUUGUUUACAAGAUCCUGGAAACUGGAGGGUUUGGGGUUUGUUUGGCUUUUCUAGAUAUUGUUAGUUCAGGGGUGCUGUUUCGAAAUGAUACCUGCUGUUUACCAGAGUAGGGAAUUUCAUAUGAGUUUAGGGCUCAUUCUCUUGUGGCAAGUUUGCUGCUUCUACCUGGGUUCCUGUGCUGCACUGGUAAUGUUUGAUGGCAAGCUGGUGUGGGCAGAUUACAGGCGUGUAGUGAACUGGCAUGUGAAGCUGUAUCCUCCUCAUCUGCUUCCCACACACUCUCCCCCAUUUCAAGUGUUACCAGUGUGGCAGGGUGGGACUGGUGGAAACAGCAAGCAUGCCACAAGUUCACUCUGAAAUAAUGCCCAUUGAUUUCAGUAGGGCUUACUCCCGGGUAAGUGGGUAUAGGACUGCAGUUUUAGCCCCAUACAUCUUGCCGUAUUUUCUUGGUUCAACCCUUGGUUCAUUCUCAUGGAGAAGCAACUUUUGAACUCCAUCCAAGAGUUCAGCCUUCCCCAAGCUGGCACUCUACAGAUGUGUUAAACUACAACACCUAUCAUACCCAGUCAAUGCAGCCAAGGACUAGCUGGCUAGAGAAUCGUAGUCUAACACAUCUGAAGGGGUCCAGGGUGGGGAAGACUGCAAUAGUUCGUACCUAAAUUCAUGGCUAAGCCAUUGUUUACGGAAUCAUUUAACCUAGGGUGACACAAGCAGAGAAAACGCCACUGAUUAACCAGGGUCUCUUCUUCCUCGCUUUCAUUUCACUGAAGCCUUGAUCAAUCCGUGCAUCAUGUAAACAAACCAGAGGUAUAAAUGAGCUAAGAAGUUGUCCUCUCAAGACAACUAAGAAUGUAAGCAAGCACUUACCUUCUGCCCCAUUACCAAAACCCCAGCUCCUCUUUCUAUUUUAGAAAAAGCAGCAUAUAUGUGCUAGAGGCUAAGUGCUAACAAAAAGAAGAAGAAGUUAACAUGUGCACAGGCUCUUUGAGGGUGCUUUUUGUUAAAUGCCUCUGAACCCAUUCAGUGACUGAAAAACGAUGGAUCGGUGGUUUGUGUAAAGCCUUGAGACCGAGGCGUGCAAUGAGGUGGGAAGUGUGUGCAGUCCUGUCAAUGAUGUACAUAAGGCUUCUGACAUUCAUAUGAAAGCACUUCCUUUCAGAUAUGCUUGUCUGAAGGAACGAGGGCUGUGUGUGCACCCAGGAGCCUGGUGUAAAAAGAGAGCCAAGCUUCUUGACAGUUUAACUGGAUACUUGUCUUUUAACUCACUUAGUGUUUGGUGUAGAGUGCAUUAUUUUACAUUAAACUUGCUUAUCUGCAUAUAAACACUUAAGGAGUUAAAUUUGUUUCUCAGGCAAUCCCAGAUUUUCAUUUAUAGAUACGUUUCCUAAAGCAUAUUUUUUCAUAGAAUGUAGCCUGUAAAUAGCUUUUUAAAAUACCUUCUUUUUUAUAAGAGCAAAGUAUCUUUAGACAUUUCUUUCUAUAGAAUACUUCAUUAACCUUUAUACAAGUUUCUUGCUGAGUAUUAUCAACGGUUGUAUUUUAGGUUCUUGACUCUAAGAGAGAAAUUUUGGGUUUUGUCCUUGUUUUUGUUUUUAUUUUUAUUUUAUUGUUUCCUUUUUUAUGUUGGCAUUGCCUGAAAAACAAGUAAAACUUUGUGCAGCCUUAUACAGAAUCAAAUAAUAGUUAAAAAAUGAUCUAUUUAAGACACGUUAUGAAGAAGAAUCUUCAACUUUAUAAUACCAGCUCCUUGUUUCUUGUAUUAUGAGGGGAUACAAUUAUUUUAUUAGCACCUUGUGAAGUGUUUAUGUGUUUUGUGAUGAUGUAAUUUAUUAAUGUUUGUAGCUUUUUAUAUUUGUACAUUUCUUAUGAGCUUUGUUUAUAUACACAUUACCUGGAUGUGAUGUCCAUGAGGAAAAAAAAACAGCUACAGAAAACAACUGAGGCCUUAUUAACUAACCUUUCUACAGUUAUGGUGGGAAAAUUGGGUCUGAAUUCUAGGAGUCAAAAAUGUUAGUUGAAUAGGGCCCCAGGGUUAUGCCGAGCAAGUUUUUUUAAGCUUCCCUAGUAUACUGUUCUUGUUGAGCAUUUAUAUAAUAUAACGCAGACAUCAUGCUGUUUUUUUUUAUUAUUAUGAUUAUGAUUAUUAUUAUUUUCGCAACAUGUACAUUUCUAACAAAGUUUAUUGUGGCUAUCUAUUACAGUGUUUUAUUUACCGAUUCAUAUCAAAUGCUCUUGUAUCAAGUCCAUGAAAUCUAAGUAAACUUAGAUCAAAAUUUUAAAAGUAAAAUAUUU